AUGGCUAGUUCCGAUCUGGACCAGCUCAUUGAGAUGGGCUUUGACCAAGAAAGAGCACAGUUGGCGGUCUCCAAGGGUGGUGGUAUCCAGGGUGCUCUCGAAUGGCUCGAAGCGAACCAAGACAAGUCCAUCGAAGAGAUCAAAGCCGCCGCAGCUGAACAGGAGUCGGAAGAAGGUCCAGAGCUUCAACCUGGCGAAGUACCCCGCAGCUUGGUUUGCAACGAGUGUGGCAAGAAGUUCCGGAGUCAAGCCCAAGCGGAGUUCCACGCGUCCAAGUCUGAACAUGUUGACUUCGCGGAAUCAACGGAGGAAAUUGCACCCUUGACGGAGGAGCAAAAGAAGCAGAGACUGGAUGAGCUGAGAGAGAAAUUGGCGGCGAAGCGAGCGGCGCAGGGUGAGCAGGAUAAGGCUGACAAGAAGCGAAAUGAGGAAAUCAAAAGAAAGAGCACCAAGGAAUCACAGGACAUCAAGGAGGAGCUCGAGAGGAAACAACGGUUGAAGGACGCACAGAAGAAGAAGCAAGAGAGGCUGGAUGACAUUGAAGCAAAGAAGCGCGUCAAGGCCAAGAUCGAGGCAGACAAGGAAGCGCGACGGUUGAAAGCUGAACGGGAGAAGGCCGAACGAGCUGGCCAGGCACUUCCUCCUCAGCCGGCACCCACUGCUGGCCCAACAGUCUCCGGCCCUGUUGCCUCUAAGCCCGCCUCCGCAUACACAGAGACUCGUAUGAGGUUCCAGACGCCCAAGGGCAAUAUCAUGAAGACGCUCCCAGUCACCACGACCCUUUUCGAGGUCGCGGCGGCCUUGAAAGAACAAGACGAUGUCGAUGUGACAAGUUUCCUGCAGACCUUCCCCCGAAAGUUGUUCAACAAUGAGUUCUUCGGCGAGAGCUUGAAGGACCUUGGUCUCAUUCCUAGUGCGAGUCUUGUCAUUCAGUGA